UAUCUCCUUCUAAGGAAACCGACACGUGUGACAACUCUUGUAUUUACUUGUUUCAUUUUAUACAAACUUUCUUCUUCCCCGAGUCUUCCUGGAUGCUUUUCAAUUUUUUUCCUUUUCCGGCUGAUACUAUGUAACGGCACUUUUCGGGUCCGCUGAAUGUAAGCGAAGGAAUCUCUACGAGGACUUUGGCGGUUUCUCCGAAAACGUAUUUUCAUUUAUUUCGGUGGUUACAUUAAGAUAUGAGCGUUCAACUCGAUGAUAUAAUCGGUGAGAAUGUUAAAGAAGAAUCGGACAGAUCGAGCGAAGCUGCGAACGUGGAAAUAAAAUGUAGAACGCAAUUGACGUCUUAUUUUAAAAAGAGCGAUCAUAGUAAUAAUAACAUUUAUUUUUCGGAGAUUCCAAAAGCGUGUUGCGACGAACCAUGCCAAUUGGGCGUAGACGAAGCAGGAAGAGGUCCUGUAUUGGGUCCUAUGGUAUAUGGGAUAGCUUAUGCUCCACUGUCCCAAAAACAAUUACUGAUAGACUUAGGUUGUGCAGAUUCAAAGAGCUUAACGGAAAAUCAAAGGGACUGUAUCUUUGAUAAAGUAUGCGAAGAAAACGAUAAAAUAGGAUGGGCCGUGGAAGCGAUAUCACCCAAUGUCAUUGCCAAUAGUAUGUAUCGUCGUAGUAAAAAAUCUUUAAACGAGGUCUCUAUGGAUUCAGCUAUUGGAUUGAUCAAGCAGGCUGUCGAAGCUGGUGUAAAUGUCACUAAAGUAUACGUCGAUACUGUCGGUAAGCCAGAAAAAUAUCAGGCACGAUUGGAAGAAAUAUUUCCUCAAUUAGAAAUUGUUGUUGCAAAGAAAGCAGAUUCUACAUAUCCCAUUGUUAGCGCGGCAAGCAUUUGUGCAAAGGUCUGUAGAGAUCAUGCGAUACGCGCCUGGAAAUUUCUCGAAGGUACUAACGAAAUCACCGAAUAUGGCAGUGGAUAUCCUAAUGAUCCAGUAACAAAGAAAUGGUUGGCUGCAAAUGUCGAUGAUGUAUUUGGCUUUCCGCAGAUCGUCCGUUUCAGUUGGUCUACCGCAGAAAAAAUUCUUGAAACCAAUGCAUUGACCGUCGAGUGGGAAGAAAUAGAGGAUCCUGGAAUGUCUAGCGAGCAAAAAAUUUCUAAAUUUUUUGCCAAAUCACCUUUGAAAUCCUAUAAGGUUCACGUUAAAAAGCAUAUUUUCUUUACGGAACGAUGUAUUACCAAUGCUAGUACUCUAUGACGAUCUCUCUUGCGCCGAUUUAUCGCGCCGUAAUAAAAUUGCAUUGUGUAGUCGAA